UAGUAUUUGACAGAGAUGCAUGGUUUUUUCCCAGCAAAAACGUCAGGAACAACUGUAACCUUUGUGAUAAUAGAAGGAUGGGUUAUAACAGUUGCAUCUGUUGGUGAUUCCCGCUGUAUAUUUGAAUCAGCUGAAGGUGGAAUAUACUACUUGUCAGCUGAUCAUAGGCUUGAAUGCAAUGAAGAGGAGAGGGAACGGAUCACUACACGUGGGGGUGAGAUUGGUCGGUUAAAUGCCGGUAGUGGUGCAGAGGUAUCUCCUCUUCCCCUACAAGUGUGUAUCUUAAUGCAUUUUGAGUUCCUUGACUAUUUUUUCUCUCUAGAUUCUUAG